CACACUGACCGAUCCUUCCAUGACAACCAGGAAACUGAAGUGGAAUACUAACCCCUCGUUCCUGCAGCUAAUAAAUAGUCACAAUGUUUUAUGCAUAUAGUGUUUUAUUCUUCAUGUUACUUCAUGUUUGCUCUACUAAUGAUACGUUAAACAUAAAACCAGCCUCGAAACCGGUGCGUUUGUUCACCGAGGAAGAGUUAAAAAGAUACGAUGGGAGCGAGGAUGGCCAACCAAUCUACAUGGCCAUUAAAGGAGUUGUGUUUGACGUCACAACUGGAAAAGAGUUUUAUGGCAAGGGUGCACCCUAUAAUGCCCUUGUGGGCAAGGACUCGUCCAGAGCUGUCGCCAAAAUGUCCCUUGACCCAGCAGAUCUCACACAUGAUACUACCGGCCUUACAGAGGAACAACUAAUGUCCCUUGAGCAGAUAUUCACAGGCACGUACAAAACAAAGUACCCUAUCGUGGGAUACACCACCAGACGCAUUCUCAAUGAAGACGGCAGCCCCAAUAAAGACUUUAAACCUGAAGAUCAACCUAAUUUUAGCAUUAAAGAUGAAUUUUGAUUCUAAGACUUAAACGUAGUACAACAUUUGAUUGUAACUGAUCCAUAUCAUAGUUGUUUGUGACCUCUCAUUGUAUAAGUGGGCAGGUGUUGAUUUGGUGUUGUCUGGUGGUCUUACAGCCCACAACCUAGAAAACACUAUGAUGCAUACUAUCCCCCGUGGGAUUUUCCCUGGUGGGCUGGCUUGAAGGUUAUUCAAAUGAGAUCACCUACAGGUGUGAUUAUUUUUUUUUUUUAAAUAAAUAGUUGACUUGUGUGUUUUUACAUUAUUGUUCUAAGAAAUUAAGUUUAAAUUGUAAAAACGUGUCUAUGGUUGUAAACAUGCAUUAAAUCACUUGGUUCCUUUCACUGUACACAAAGGGAAAGUUUGGUGAUUCAUAUAAUUUACAUUUCUUUGUGGUAAUUCGUGUUAUAUAUUAAGAAGUUAAGUAUUGAUUUUUGUCAUUCAAACAGCUUCUCAGUCAUAAUUAUAUUGUUAUAAAGAUAUGUCCUUGAUGACCAGAAGUGUUACACACCACUCUGAGAGAGAUAUGUUUGUCUAUGUGACUUUGCUUGCUGUAUUGUUAACACACACACACACACACACACAGCUCUUUGGCUGAAUUUGAUUUAAUAUGGUCAGUGGUUCCACUUGUUUGAAAUAAGUUUUCUUUACUUAGAAUUACUAUAUAAUCUCAACAACACAUUGUGUAGAAAGAACCUAGUUGAUUUGGGUAACCCCAACAAAAUCAGACAUGUCAGUUUAACUCAAAUAACCAAAGUUACCAUAAUGGUAACCCCCAAAACUCCAACAUAAAAGAAACUCUUCUAAAUCUCAACAUAACAAAACAAUAAACACACAAUUUUUUUUUUUUAUUAAUUCAUUAUAAACAUUACUAUUAAUCUUUCACAAAAACACAUAAGAUAACACUUAUUUUAAACAUUUACUCCCCCUCUGAGUCCCAUGUAAAGCCUGCCCAGUUUAAUCAAUGCUACAUUAACACCACAUAAAGUAUUCUUGUAGUCCCAACUCAAAAGGAUUAAGUAAACUUCCAUUUUCCAACUUCCAAACUUCCAUUAAACUUCGCAAUGAAAUCAUGUCAUGACAACAUGCCCUAAAAAUGUAUUGCUUUAUUUUAUUUUAAUUAAAUAAUUUGAACAAGCAGCAAAAAAUCCUCUUUUUGAGUGGUAGUGUUAUCUGGGAUAUUUUAAUUCUGAAUGGAAUGUACUGUAAUCAAUAUUGUUUAGAAACACACAAACCAAGGAGAGCUUGAUGUGGGUCAAACUGUUGUAUGAACUUGAACUGGACCAUGGUACUGAUUUAACAACAUGCAUAAAGAAAUAAAUGACCAUUCCAAGCUUGA